AUGGUUGAAUGGGACAAAAAAGCAACUAAAGCUUUUGAAGCCCUAAAAGAAGCCCUCUGCAGUAACCCAGUGCUGGUGGUCCCAGAUUUUGAAAAAGAGUUCAUUGUCCAGACCGACGCUUCCGAGGUCGGGUUGGGAGCUGUCCUCUCACAAGAGCUAAAAGCCAUCACUCUCCUGUACCAGCAGAGACACUGUGUCCUGUUGGGCUACUUGAUCUUCCUGAGCUCACUCCUCUUCCUCUGUGAAGUUCCUCUGGACCCUCCUAACCAGUAUGGCUCUAUUCUAAACAUGAGCUCACCAGUGACUCUUUCACCCUGGAACCACAACUGCUCCUCUGAGCCUCCAUUCUUGGUCAUCCUCGUCACAAGCGAACCUUACAGCUUCAUAGUCCGAAAAGCAAUCCGCUCAACUUGGGCUAAGAACAGAGUAGUUGCUGGAAAACCUGUGUUGAUUAUUUUUCUACUUGGGUCCUUCCCUGGUAGCUCCAUUCAGCAGGUGGCGCUAGCAGCGGAGGACAGGGUUUAUGGAGAUGUUUUACAGAGGGACUUUGUGGACUCUUACUACAACCUGACGCUGAAGACACUGAUGGGCCUGCAGUGGGUGGCCCAGGCCUGCCCUGGGGCCUCGUAUGUGUUUAAAACAGAUUCAGAUGUGUUUGUGAACAUUCAACGGCUCCUUCCCCUGCUCCUGAGAAGGGCUACACACACACAUCUCUACACAGGCAGGGUCUCUUUGGAGGGAGAACCGGUCCGUAACCCCAACAGUAAAUACUACGUGAGUAAGACCGAGUUCCCCUUUGACUACUACCCUCCCUUCUGUUCGGGGACAGGGUACGUCCUCUCAAUGGACCUGGUCUGGGACAUCCUGACAGUCAGUCCAACUGUCCGUGAAAUCAAACUGGAGGACGUCUUCAUAGGCAUGUGUCUCAACACACUGGGGGUGCAGCCCAGCUACCUGAGCUCCGUGCAGGUGUUCUACAAUUACAUGGUGCCCUUCCACCCAUGUCCAUACAGCCUGCUGGUGACCUCGCACGGGCUCAGGCCUGCACAACUGCACUGGGCCCAGAAGGCAGUGGAGAGAGUGAGCCGGGACCGCUGCUUCCAGGAACAACUAGCUGACCUCAAUGUGAUGGGGGAGAUCUGA